UAUUAUAUUAUGUUAGCCUUUGGUGCUUUUCUUCUCCGCUCAGGGCUGUGUCUGCAGCAGGUGAUUCCAGCUCAGCCAGGCCUGCUGCCCAAGCCCUCCCUCCAGGCCCUGCCUGGCUCCCUAGUGCCCCUGAAGACGCAGGUGACCAUCCGCUGCCAGGGGCCUCCGGGCGCAGACUUGUACCGCCUGGAAAAGCUGAGGUCCGGGAUUUACCAGGAUCAGCCCGUCCUCUUCAUCCCGGCCAUGGAGGAACGUUUUGCGGGCUGUUACCGCUGCUCCUACCAGAACGGGAGCCGCUGGUCUCCUCCCAGCGACCGGUUGGAGCUGGUCGCUACAGGUGCCUGGAGGGGUGUGGGGGGCGGCUGCACCUGCGGCCUGGGGGCCCCAGGAGGGUGAGGAGGGGGAUGAUGAUGACAGAGAACCCCGAGACCCAGGGGCUGGGAUUGGGGUGGGGAGUAAAGUGCGAGCUACUUUUAGGCGAGGUGCCCCAAACCGCAGGGAUCCCCA